CGGCGUGAAAGGGUGACGGGCGUGUUUAUGUGGACUGAAAGGCUAUUUUCCAAGUAUUGCAGAAGUUAAAUACUCACCGCCGCAUAUAACGCUCCAGGGCUGUGAGGCUGCCAGCAGACAUGCAGCCGACCCUUGCCAUCGUGCUGGUGCUGCUCGGGUGCUGCUCCAACGUUGUCUUCUUGGAGCUGUUGACCACUGCACAUCCUGGCUCAGGAAACAUCAUAACGUUCUCGCAGUUUUUGUUCAUCGCUGUACACGGAUUUGUGUUCACCAUGAAGUGUGGAACCGUGCGCUCGGCGAUACCAGUAAGCAAGUACUUCCUCAUGGUGGGACUCUUCUUUGUCGUCAGCGUCAUCAACAAUUAUGCCCUGAACUUUGGCAUCCCUAUGCCAUUGCAUAUGAUCUUUAAAGCGGGGUCGCUGGUGGCCAACCUGCUGAUGGGAAUGGUGGUACUAGGCCGCUACUACCCGCUGCACAAGAACGCCGCCGUCGUGGCCAUCUCGGCCGGCAUCGGCCUGUGCACGUACGCGUCGCGGGGCGGCGCUGCUGAGCCGGGCGCCGACGGCGGCCCGGAUAGCACCGUCACCAUGACGAUCGGCGUGGCGCUGCUCACCUCGGCGCUCCUGCUGUCAGCCCGACUCGGCAUCUAUCAGGAGGUGCUGUACACCACCUUCGGCAAGCACUCGCAGCAGGCUCUCUUCUUCACGCACGCGCUGCCGCUGCCCGGCUUCCUGCUGCUAGCUUCCGACAUCGGCCACCACACGGCGCUGUUCUCGGCGUCGGAGCCGCUGGCACUGCCGCUGCUGCCGGUGCCCGUUCCGCGGCUCUGGUUCUUCCUCGCCUGCAACGUGGUCACACA